AUGGGUCAUGAACCCGUAAGAGCUAGAGAGAUAAUCCGAUCACAUGUCUUGCAGCUCAUUGAAUCAGUUGCCCCAACUACUACAAAUCUUAAUGAUACAGAAGAAAGCGAUUUGAAAAUGAGUAAUGUGUUAGCAUUUAUUUACAAAGACCAUACUAAUAGUACAAAUGAUGCAUCUACACAGUUUACGGGAUAUCUUUCAGAACCUCAACUUCGAUUUGACUUAAAUCCCUUAGAGUGGUGGAGAACACGAGAAGAAAAAUAUCCAGCAAUAGCAACUAUUGCCAAAAAAUAUUUAGCAAUCCCAUCAACAUCGGCAAGUUCAGAGAGGUGCUUCUCAACGGCAGGUAACAUUGUGAAUCCAAAAAGAAGUUGCCUUCUUCCUGAAAAUGUGGAUAUGUUGGUAUUCUUAUACCAAAACAGAAAAUUAUAUUUCUAG